CUGGAUGCCCAACCGGAAGCGACUUAUUUCUGACUGUAUUUUACACUCAGCAAGAUGAAAUGUCUGGCUUCGAUAUAGCUGUUAAUAAUAACGAAGUCUGUCAUGCGUUUGGAUAAAAAAUGCUCGGUAUGACUGUGGCAAUGGCUCUGAAACCAUGAUAAGAUGAAGCGAUACGGAGAUGCUAACUAUGUUACAGCUGUGCAUUUCAAGCUAGCUGAAGCUAACGGUUAGCUGCUGUGUUAUUAUGAAGAGUGAGAGCUAACUGCGAGUGGAAAGAUGAUUAAAGGAGGAGAAAGGUGUAAAACAAGUGUGCAAUGUCCAUGGAGGCCCUGAGGAUGGUCACAGCUGGCUGAGGUUCACCCACUGACCCAGCAGGUUCAAUCCAGGUUGAAAGAGAAAGGAGGAGCCAUGAAAGAAGAGGCAGGUAGGGCAGAGCGUGAGGCUCUGUUCGAGGACCAGGACUUCCCGUCUGACGACACAUCCCUGUUCUCUGACAGCUCCACACCCAUCGCAAGGUUGCAGGGACAAAUCACCUGGCAACGCCCACAGGAGAUCUGCCAGUCACCAGCUCUCUUCCCUGACAACAUCAACCUGGGUCAUGCAAAACAAGGCUUAUUAGGAGACUGCUGGUUUCUCUGUGCCUGCACCUUCUUGCUCAAGAACAAACAUCUGCUGAACAAGGUGUUGCCUCCAGACCAGCCCCAGUGGGGUGACAGCAGAUACAGGGGCUCCUUCCAGUUUCGAUUUUGGCAGCAGGGACACUGGACAGAGGUAACCAUUGACGACCGCCUGCCGUGUAUCAAUUCCACUCCCUGCUUCUCACGCUGCCACUCCCCCAUUGCCUUUUGGGUAUCCCUGUUAGAGAAGGCCUAUGCUAAGGUUCAUGGCUCAUAUGAGCGGCUGUGGGCAGGGCAAGUGUCCGAGGCCCUGGUGGAUUUGACCGGGGGCCUGGCGGAGCGCUGGAGCUUGGGAGGGUCUGAAGACGAGCAGAGACCAGAGCAGGACAGUGACCAGAUCAGGAGGAGAGGGCUGGACCUGAACCUUCUGUGUCCUGUGAAAGAUGAAUGUGCGGUUAGCUGCUCCACUCACAGCACCCCCGGAGGUGCCAAUGAGCUGAACCAGUACCAUGCUCUGACUGUCAUGGAGUGGUUGGAUGUGAAGACGGUGUCAGAGAGCAAAGUACUGUUGCUCAGGAUCAGAAAUCCCUGGGGAAGAUGCUGUUGGGGAGGGUCCUGGAUAGGGAGUGGUGCUGGUUGGAGUUCUGUCGACCCCGUUUCUGCUUUGGACCUACAAGCCAGGGUGGCUGAGGGCGAGUUCUGGUUGGAUGAGACAGAAUUCCUGUCCCAGUUUGAUGAUGUCACAGUGGGUUACCCCAUCAGUGAUGACGGGCACCUAAAGAGCAUUUAUACUGGAAAUCUGCUGACACACAACCAUCAGCUGGCUGGCCGGUGGAUAAAAGGGAGCUCAGCUGGUGGCAGCCGAAACAGCAGCAGCUAUGGCAGCAACCCAAAGUUUUGGCUCAAAGUGUGUGAGAGAGGAGAGGUGCUGGUGUCCCUGCUGCAGCAUAGGAAAUGGAGAAACACAGAGAAAUAUGCACAAACGCCACUUGAAGAGAGCAAGAACAUAACGCACCAGCACUACCAGGCUAUUGCUCUACACAUGUGGAAGGUGGAGAAGAGGCGUUUUAAUCUGAGCCGGAUGUUGAACAAACCUCCUUGUGCUUCUACUCACUGCCACGCCUACGAGAGAGAGGUGGUUCUCCACGGGGAGCUGGAGCCUGGAUACUAUCUGCUGAUCCCCAGCACCUACCAGCCAGGAGCUGAGGCCCGCUUUCUCAUCAGGGCCUUUUCCUCCUCUACCACAUCCCUCAGUGCCCUGAAAAGCCCAGCACCUUCACUGCCAUUGACAACAGAUGGAGAGUGGGAGACCAGUUACUUCCGGGGCUCGUGGGUGGAGGGAAGCACGGCCGGAGGAAGCAGGAACUUCCUGUCUCACUGGCAGAACCCCUGCUUCCCUUUUACAGUGUGUGAUGAGUCAGCAGUGACAUCAGGAGUGAAUGUCAGGAUUACCCUGCACCAGAGCCGCCCUGACACCGACCUGCACCCUAUUGGCUUUCACAUUUAUAAGUUCCCAGAAGGGGAGUCAGAGCAGACGUUACCCAGGGACGAGGAUCCUGCGGCCAGUUGUGUCCCCCACUGCUACACGCAGGAUGUCAGUCUGACCUGCUGUCUUUCCCCUGGAGCUUACACCAUAGUGCCAUCCACCUAUCAGCCCGACUGCUCAGCAAACUUCACCCUCAGCCUGGCUCGCAGAAUACACAGGAAAGUGGUGAAAAGCCAGGAGAGUCUGGGUCGAGCCAUUCAAGAGAUCUCUCACAUCUCUUUGAUGCAAAGCUAGUUCUCUGGGACUGUUGCUGCUCCACUAACGUCGGCUCACCUCCUGGUGCCUCUUGGCCCAUGAUGAAAGAACCAGUUCUCCCAUCCACCCUCACCAUGGAGGCUGUGUGUAUGUGUACCACCAGUGGCUGAGAAGGCAGGCGGGCAGAUUGAGUGGGAAUGUGUGUGUCGGGAAUCCUGGAAACCCCUUUAUCCUGAACUGCUGAGGCUCAGGGCUGAUGGGCAGCCACAAACUCAUCGGCGAUUAGGACAUCAGAGGUUGUCGGUGGGCUGGGCUGCUAAUGAAGUAUGACGGGACUGGCUGGUGUAAACAAACAGCCGCCAUUGAAGAGGGCCGCCGCUGCUCUUGCUCAUUCACUCACUGGUGCGCCUGCCGGCCCGGAACAAAGGGCCCUCUCAUGAAGGUCCUCACAGAGGCACAGGGGGCAAGGGGCGAGGGGAUGGUCUCCGACGGCAGAGCCAACCAAACCACACCACACCAUACCGUGCCAUACCAUGCCAGAGCUAUUCUCCCAUCCCUCACCCCCAGACGCUGCUCCUUACCUAGCUUGCAUUGUUUGUCCCUAGACAGUAGACACAGGGUUUUCACAGUCCCCUGUCCCCAAAUAUGCUCAUCAUCCGGACUAACAGUGAAGUCAGGCUGGACCCUAAAGCAGUCCACUUUGUUCCUGACUCCAUCCUCACCCCCUCAGCUCCCUUUUUGUCCCUCCAGACUCGGUCCACAGCUCGGCCUGGACCUGAACAGAGCCAUAGUUUGAAGUUGCCGCAAGAACAGAUGACAAGCGGAUGGGUGGAAGGGAUGAAACGAGGGAUGCGGCACAUCAGAGAAGGCCGGUUCAUAUGAAGAAGCCGCCGGUUUCUUUUUGUGUUGAGGCUGUGUUUGUGUGGUGGUGUAUGCCUGCUGGAAGCCAUGUCUGUGUGUGGAAGUCACAGGGUUUCUGAUUAUUUAUUGGAGCCAGAGACUUUAACAAAGCUAUAAUUAACUGAUGAGAGAGGUACUGAGCUGUGUAUUUAUUAUGUUUAGGAUGA